UCUAUUGCGAAAAAAUGUUGCAUCUGGCAACGUUUGAACAAACUUUUUCGACAAAUGGAAAGCGCUGAUUUCGUUGUAUUUUGUUUACCAUCUGUAUAUUGUCAAAAUAUAUUUUGUGCUAGACGGUUUUUAAGGAUAUAUCUUAUUACUGCUCUAUCAUGUCAUACAAAGCUUGUGUGUAUAAAGGCUGCGAUAACUACACUUAUAAUUCGACACCUUGUGCUAAUAAAGAAUUCACAAUAUUCCGGUUUCCAAGAGAUCCUGCUCGGUAUGAACAAUGGAUAAAACGAGGCAAAGUCCUGGAGGGUUUACCCGAACGUCAGAUGCUUAUGUGUUCAGAUCAUUUUGAAGAUAAAUAUUUGAUAAGAAAUAAUAAGCGAACAAUCUUGACAAGCACUGCAGUGCCCUUUCAUUAUCCAGAAGAAAACGAAGAUGUUGAAAGCGAUGAUAAUAUUGGCAAAGAUUGUAAGGGUAAUAUAGUAAAAGUGUCUGAAGAAUUAAACUCAGAAAUGGUUUUCUCAAUACAUGGGGAUAUGGAGGACGGCUCAGAACUCAUAAGGCUUAAAGAAACUUUGUGUGGGGACGAUAAUGAAGAUGUAUUAGCAGAUUAUGAUAAAGUUGAUAACCUUGAUGAGGAAUAUUGUGUAGAAUCAACUAUGAAAGACGAUGAUGAACAAGAAAACGAAAUUGCAGACGAAUACACUGUGGACAGCGAUUAUCAAGAUGGUAUAUUGGACGGUACUAUAACACAACCAUUGCAAAAAGGAUAUAUCAUAAAAAGCUAUACAACAAAACCUUCUGGUCGACACAAAACAAGUUCAGGACCUGACGAAGCACAGGAACCUUCUAGCUCAAAAAUGAUCAAAUCCAACUUUAGUACACAGGGUAUCGUUAGAGGUAAUAACGCUCCAACAUUGAAACGUAAUAUAAAGCGGAGAAGCGAGGAAACGAAUAAUUCUAAGCGUGUGCGGAAAGACGUGGAAGAAAAUCUACUAGAAUCUCCUGAAGCCAGUUCAAAAAGUUUAAUAAAUUCAGAAGCUGUGACUUGUUUCAUAUUUAAGGGAGAGGAAUAUGUACAAAUGCCUAAAGAAUAUUACGUGCAGGAAAAAUUGGAGCUCUUCAAAAAGAUAGAAAAAUAUGAAAAAGUUCUGCGAAUAUUUAAACAGAACUUGCUUGACUUCGAUUUUUCAUAAAAGCAGAAAAGUUACAGUUAAUAAAGGAAAUAUUUAAACGUACAUAAUUUCAAA